UCUUGCUUCACUAUACGGGACUCUGUUGUUUGUUCUAAUAAGUGAAACAUUCCUACUCCCAGUCACUUCCGCAAUGCUCUCGACGCAGACGUGCGACUUGAACCAUACGCGUUGGAAGCGCGAUCGAGACAACUUUGGCUGAAGAUACGAUCAGGCUAAAGAUAAGAUGCCUCGAACAUUGCCAUGGCUGGGAGAGGGUGCGAAAAAGAAGGUCGCAUCGGCGCCCGCAGCUCCAAGACGGAAACGAACAGCCUCGCCGAGCGAUCUUGUCAACUCCGAUCUGGACGACCUCGACGAUGAGCCAAAGCCCAAGAAGAGGAAACAGGCUGUUCGUGAACCGUCGUCCUCGCCUCCGCCUCUCGCUCGUGGGCCGCCUCCAACAGUGUACAUGAACGAGGGCUUGGCGGGCGACGACAUGUUCAUGAUGGUCGAGGACGAGUUCUACUCCACUGCGCAACUCUUCACACGCCAUCUACACUACGAGGAGUAUGAGCUACUUAAGAAGAAGCACAAAUCUCGUGGGCGCGAAAUGCUGGCAAAUCUUCAAAGAGGUACCGAUAAUGGUCGGACUCAGCAGAGUAAACAAUUGCGCUUGAGGUUGGAGGCGGAGGAGACUAGGAAGAAACAGGCUGAGUUACGCAGGCGCGCGGGAGAUAGCAGUGACGAGGAUGAAUACAUGGAGGAUCCGCAGCUCGCUGGGCUCAUGACGGGUGGUCAGGUGAAUGCUGGUCAAAAUUUGGCAAAGUUGGCCCAGGCAAGAUCGAAUAACUCCCUGCAGAGCCCUGCGAUGCCGAUCAGAACGAGAGAUGCCCUGGCGGUUGAAAGCAGCACGCGAUUGCGGACAGCGUCAACUUUUGCGCCUAUUGAGGAGGCAGACGAAGACGAAGACGAAGACACGGACGACAGUGACGAUCUGGACAUCAAGCCUACCAAGAUGCAGCGGGCUUACAACCAGUGGGCCAACAAUCCUGCUUCGGAGACGACGUUUCCUUCGAUUGAGAAGUCCGACACAGUUGAUCCAGAUUCACCGCCGAGAGUGACGACGAAUCGCAACCAAUUCUCCGACCGCGCAUCACCUGCACACAAGUCAACGAUGCUGUUCAAUCCCAGGUCGCCAGCUCGUGCAGCAGAUUCACCAAUUCGUGUCAAAGUCGAAGAGCAAAUCUCUCCCAUCAGACCUAUCAAGAGAGAGAAGAAAUACAGAUCAUUCUUCGAUGAUGAGCCACCUGAGCCAUCACGAAUAGUACAGAUCAAGGCUGAGAAGUCUGAUCAUGUCAAGAAGGAAGCUGAAAAGCGAAAGGAGAUUGAGGAUAGCAUCCCAACGUUUCUCUUCUGA